AUGUCCGACAAUAACAGUUUUACCGUGUGCGGAAGCUCGUCUGAUAUCGACAACGAAAUAAUGGAAAAACCGUCGGCGACGUCAUCUACAUUGACCAACGACUUACAGGUGGAUUCGGAUCAGUGGUCGUUCGAUUUAGCGCCACUACUGUACCCGGAUGACGAACAGUCUGAAGUUGGAAUCUUGCAGGCGUGCGAUAGCGCGGGCCAUUGUCCAUCGACAGACGUUGUAUUUAAUAUGGAAGACCCCGACGCAAACACAACGGAUUCAACGGAAGAUGGCGCAUACACGGUGGACGACCUUUCACAGAGGCCACGAAUUGUAUGCGCCAUCAGCGAGCUCCGUAACCAACAAGAAACGACGACGUUAUUGACUAAGACUGAUUUCAAGGUGUUGGACGAGAUCACCGAAGAGUUACUGGUGACGGCCGUAAAAAAAUCGUUGAACGUACCACCAGUAUCUUUAUGUCCAAAUGAACAGUCGUCAAGUGACGAUGAAAGUAUUACAUCGCCUGUACCAUGGAUUAUGGUACCGAGGGUCUUGGACAGGUUGUUGGAGUUUGACGAAGUGUCGUCAGAAAUAAAAAACGCCAAUACAAAGUACGGAAUGCACCUGCAGCCUUUACCGUCGUGUCUGGUGAGUGCGCCUGAGCUAGAAAGCAGACUACAGCCGUGCGAGUCUCUUAAGUUCGACAUAUCGACACCGACAAUUGUAUCUGUGCCGAGCAACCCCGAGCUUCCGGAUUUGGAUGUCGAGACACUAGGUCCUGCAGAGAUCUCAUCCACAGCAAAUCAAAUGUCUAAACAGGUCGCCGGCGAUAACUUCAUACCGGAAGAUCUUAAUUCCGAGGAUUGUAUGACGGAUAUCGCUGUGAUAUCAGCUGGUGAUGGUCCGGAUUUGUCGCCUUCCACGUCCGGCGAGACGGAGUUGCCGGGAUGGAACACCGCGAAAAAAGCGGAUAUAACUGCCGUUGAACGCGUUCGUCCGGUUCCACAUCGUUCGUUUUGGAGGCGCACCAAAAAAUUUGUAAGACGAGUGUUUUGCUGUGGUUCUACCGAAAUCAUUGACCAGUAA